UGUAUGAAACUCAGGAAUCAAAUCAUACCUUUGACAAAACAAGGAGCGCAAAGACUUUUUGGGGAGCGACCUGGGGCUUCAUCGUAACACAAGCCGAGCCAACGAUGGCCAACGCGAAAAUCACGGCCUGCGUGCUCGCGGUCACGGUUGCGUUUUUAUUGGGCACCGAGGCGACGAAUUACACGGUGGGUGGUUCUGGGGGAUGGAAGGUCCCUUCUAGCACCGGCGCAUAUUCCGACUGGGCUAGCCAACACGCGUUCGAGGCCGGCGACGUUCUGGUGUUUGAUUUCGACUCGAGCACGAAUGACGUUGCGGACGUGACGAAGGAGGACUACGACGCCUGCAACACCGGCGCUCCAUUCACUGUCCUAUCCACUUCUCCGGCCUAUUACUCCCUUGAUACCGCCGGCGACUAUUACUUCCUCUGCACCACUACAGGCCAUUGUUCCCAGGGUCAGAAGUUGGCCAUCACCGUCGCCAAGUCUCUGAGCGGCCCGACCUCCAGCCCGCCAGGAUCCCUGCCGCCGCCAUCCCCCACCACAGGCGCAACUGCAUCUCCGACAAGCGUUGGCUCAUCUCUUGGUGUUGCGCAGCUAGUCCUGUUCAUGUCCAUUGCCAUGAGCUCAUUGUGCUAGCUCAUACAAGAGGGGGGAUCAUUGCUUCUACUAGAUAGAGGUGGAAAUGUUGGUACAUUGCGAGGUGCUGUUGCAGAAAAUAUAGUGGAUGAAUUCAUUGUCUUUCUUUGGAACGAGAUUCAGAUAGAAAUAAUCAAUUGAGCUAUACAGAGAAUCUUGAGUUGGUUUAGCUUGGCCAGUCUCUCUGGCUUCAGAACAUUUGGAUGAUUCAUGUCGUAGUUUGAUAUGUUGACUACACCGUUUAAUCA